AAUUUGUAAAACGGCUUUAUGCAUGAGGUAUUUAGAAAAACUCACAAAACACUUAAUUUCUAGCUUUUUGCUAUACACCAUUGUGUAUUGAGAAAAAGUAUGUCGUGUGUGUAGGUGAUGGAUGACACUAGGGUGAGCUCCAUGUCCGAGUGGCUAAAUUCUGAUAUUUUCAUCAUAUUUGUGGUUUUCCUGCUGCUCACAAUUAUUGCCAUCGUUGCUGUCUGUUGCAUCUUAAGACGUCGUCAUACACACGAGAAAAUGGCAGAAGUUGAGAUCAUUCCACCUGCCAAUUCAAGUCCAAACAAUAAUCCUAGAUUCACCUUGAGGAUCCUAACAGAACAGAAACAUGCCUCAGAGAUCAUUCAGAUGUUAACAGGACAAAUUCGCUCUAUAGAUGCUGUGUGCACCACUGACCCUGGUGUCUCUGAUGUACAUGCUGAGGUUAUCGAGAUUUCUCAAGAUCAGUCUCAGAUACACACUUUGGCUUCGUGUCACACCGAAACAGACAGCACACUCCACACUGCACAGCAGGCCACCUCUCUUAACUUGCAAACUACCACUGUUAUUAUCCAUCCUGUGCCUGAUACAGUUAGCUUAACUGGGGUUACUGAUGAGGAUGAUAGUUAUGAUGAAUGUACCGAUGAAACGCAGCUGUAA